UCAUGAACGACAGACCGCCUCAAUGGGUAUCAUCCAUCAGUUGCAUAGCCAGCAUCAUUUGGACCAAUUGUGCCGGAAGCGCGACACAAUUCUCCAUAUUUAGAUUAGAACCUAGUAGAAAAUGAUAUAGCUAUAUUUUAAUUUUAAUGUAACUAAAAGAGAAUGUGUACAAGACCUAACAUUUUACAGACCCACAGACGUAUUCUGCUGCGGUUCAUCGUUGUCUGAGUUGAUAGUGGGGGUGAAGCGCUCAUCCAACAAAUUGUACAUUUCAGCUAUUAUAAUUUCCAUUUAGAGGCUAACAGCACCUGUCGCCGAUAUUACAAAUAUAGCUUACAUCUACGCCGUUCAGACCGUGCAUGCUGUCUGCAUUGCAGUGUGAGUGUAUUUAACAUCUUGCAGAGUGUCUUAACAGUCAAAGCAAUGGGAGUUCUAAGCAAACAGCAGUUCUUCCAGGAACUGGGAUCCGGUUGCUUGCUUCCGACUGUCCAGCACGGUCUGGAACAAGUUUGGCAGCUGUUACUCAUCUGCCUAGUGUGUAGGCUGUUGUGGAGAUUGGGUCUGCCCUCUUUCCUGAAACACCUGAGUACAGUAGCAGGUGGUUUUUAUAGUCUUUACCUGUUCUUCGAGCUGUACAUGGUUUGGGUGGUGCUUCUCAGCCUCCUCUGCUACCUCAUCCUCUUCCUGUGUCGCCACUCGAGCAGCCGUGGACCCUUCCUGUCCAUCACUAUCCUCAUCUACCUCCUUCUGGGAGAGUUGCACAUGAUGGAUACAACAACCUGGCAUAAAAUGAGAGGUUCCCAGAUGGUAGUGGCCAUGAAGGCGGUUUCUCUUGCCUUUGACUUGGACAAAGGCAUAGUGGAGAAUUUUCCCUCUCCAGUGGAGUUUAUGGGCUACAUUUACUUUGUGGGGACGGUCAUCUUUGGGCCUUGGAUCAGCUUCAAUAGCUACACAGAUGCGGUAGAGAGUCGAAAACUUAGCGUCUCCUGGUUUUUGAAGUCAGUCUUCAGCUGUGUGAAGAGCCAGCUCUGUCUGGUAAUUGCCAAUUGUAUUGCACCCUAUCUCUUUCCCUAUUUCAUCCCGGUCUUUGGAGACAAGCUGCUCCGCAAUAAGAAGCGAAAGAUGAGGGGCUCUAUGAAAAGGUGGCUACAGGCGUAUGAGAACACCCUGUCCUUCCAUUUCAGUAAUUACUUUGUGAGUUACCUUGGUGAGAUGACCACCACACUGGCAGGUGCAGGCUUCACAGAGGAAAAGGACAAUCUUAAGUGGGACUUGACAAUCGCUAAGCCUCUAAACGUGGAGUUUCCCAGGUCUAUGGUUGAAGUGGUCACUUCCUGGAACCUGCCCAUGUCCCGCUGGCUCAACACCUAUGUGUUUAGGAAGGCUCUCAUCUAUGGGAGCUUCACAGCCGUUAUCUUGACAUACACAGUGAGCACCCUGCUACAUGGUCUAAGCUUCCACAUCGGGGCAGUAUUAUUUACACUAGGCUUCAUAACAUAUACUGAACACGUGCUUAGGAAAAGAUUGUCAGUCAUUUUAAAUGCAUGUGUCCUCUCCAAGAGAUGCCCAUCUGACUGCAAACACCGACAUAAAAAGGAAUUUUGGGUAUAUCUAAUUAAUGGGGCCUUUAGAAUGUUAGCAGUACUACAUUUAACAUACCUGGGCUCAAUUUUUGGCUCCAGCACAGAUGACACGGAUUCUGAUGAGGACAGCAUGGCCAGCCACACCAUUGAGAAAUGGACACAGCUGAGCUGGACAAGCCAUUGGUUGACCUUUGGCCUUUGGGUCCUGUAUCGCCUUAUUCUUUGAAUACUGAUAACAACAUAGACAAGGAGAGAUUGGGGGAGAAUAGCAAUUACUGUAAUUGUAUAUUUUUGAUAUGGCUUUCCUGUAGAGAAAUUAUGGCCGUUUAUGGCAUCACUGUGAUCUCUGGAUGAACGUGACUGCAUAUCAGAGUCCUCAAAUCCAGGAAAAAGGGAUGUACAGGUAAUAUUGAUCCACUCCGCCGUGGCAUGAUUAAAAAAGUACCAGGAUAUUUUAAAGUUUUCUAAACUACCUUAAAUACAAAGAAGCAUCAAGACUUUUUUAAAAACCACAGCAAUCCUCAAGUGUGAAAAUUUACUUCCAUUGCUAAUGAAUUGAUCAAGAUUUUGAUAAGACAUCUUGUAGUUGUAGCUGGUUUUGUUUGAUGGUUUCGGAUGAUUACUUUUUAGGUUGAAAAGAAGGUAAAUAUUCUAAUUGCUUGUUACAGAAGCUCUAAAGUGAAAGCACAAAUCAAGUUUGGUUUGGUGCAUUUGUGCUGGUUUGUUUUUUUCCGGCCCACAAAUGGAGUAAUGAUUUGUUCAUUACAGGUGUCAUGUGUGACAACAUGCCAUAAAACUUCAUUUAUAGUAACUUCAUCUUCAUAGGCCUCUGAAUUAACAUAUGACAUAGUUCACAUUCUCACUUUUGUAUGAAUUUUUUUAUGAAGUGGUGACUGUAAGUCUCUGGGAGACUUUGAAACCCUUUGAGACACUCAAAUGAGAAGUAUUUGUAGUAUUUGCGUUUCUUAUAUUAGAUUUUUUUUAUCUAUUAACAGAAACAAGAAAUGGGCUAAAGGAUAAAUUUACAGAUUUAUUGUAUUUGUUUUCAGUGUGUUUAUUUUAAUCUUUGUUAUUUUAUUACUGCUAUUUGGUAGUAAACAGUAUUUAUCAUCAUCAUCACAUUAAAUUAGAUGGAUUGUUUUUUAGUGCCAAACAGAUCAACAAUCAAUCAUCACACUGCUGAUUCAUUUCAGGUGUGUUUUUAUAUUACUUUUAAAUUGAUUUAUUGUGUUUAGACGUUCAACACACUUUCCCCUGAAUCACCCUGCUGUUAAUCCGUCCCUAUACUUUUAUUAUCCUAGUGGAUAAUAAAUAAUUUUGACUGCAUUUUGUAUGUCUUACUGCCAAACUGUAUAAUAAAACAUUUUUCAUAUACACA